AUGACGAUGACGACGACAAAGACAAUGAUUAUCAAGUCUGAAAACUGCCGCAACAGGACAGCUCUGUUUGUUUUGUUGAUUCUAUGCUGUAGGGGUGGAGAUCCUGUCCACUCGUUCCUUCCGAGUAGUCCAACGUUUAUUACUGCUAUUCCAUCGGUUCCAUCAAUAAGGAAGGCUGUGUGGAAAACAACGGCCAAGACGGAACUUGCCACCACGGUGCUACCACAGGAGGUAAUAUCCCUGCAGGUAGCUGACGACACUACUACCGGUAGUAGCACCAGCGUGGAAGAUGAUACUGGAAUCUUGGUGUCUCUCUUUGGCAGUGUGAAAGCAUUUCAAGACUUUUGGAAUUUCGAUUUUGGUCGUCGCGUGGUGCAUCUCAGCAGUCAUGCUAGUGCAACCAGUAGUAACGGUAGCAUUGGCAUUGACAUGGCACAACUGUACGACUCGAACGAGUACAUUACCUUGCGCAAACGAGGGACUCAAAUGGCCCUGAACAAGACUGCCAUGAGUUAUCUAGAAUUUGCAAAUGACUAUAUUGUGGCGGGAGGUGGUUCGGCCGUGGUCCCCAUUACACCCAACGACUACUUGUAUCCCCGUCUCAAAGAACCACUGGAACGAGCCCUCCAACAAUCGCCCGAAUCGCUCAGCAUUAAUGUCUAUCAUUCGGGAAAUCAAGCCGUGGCACUCAAUCGUCAUUACGAUGCUUACGAUGUCCUCGUUUGGCAAACCAAUGGCAAGAAAGAAUGGGAGGUACAAAUAGAUGCUAGCAAUACGUGGAAAAACAUUACCCUGCAACCGGGGGAUCUAUUGUACAUUCCCAAGGGAGUCUAUCAUGCUGCCACCACGGCACAGGGAUGCAAUAUUUCCACUCAUGCUACCAUUGGAUUUCUGGAAACUAAAUAA